GUCAAAUCCAGAAUGCCGUCAAUCAGUUGUCAGCUUAAGAAAAAGACUUCUCAGCAUAAUAAAAUCUACCUCUAAUUUUUUUCCAUCUGUUGCUUUUUGAUUAGUAUUUUGGUUGUGUUAAAUAAAAAUAGCUCUUAUUAUUUCACUUACAAUAUAGAUAUGCCCAUAAAGUUUGGAUUUCGUACACAGUAAACCUAAAUAAUAUGUACUUUGAUAAUACUGGGUUAGCCGUAGUGGGCCAACCAGAAAACCCAGGUUUAGUUGGUAUGGAAGAAGACUACGUACAAACUCACUGCAUUUUGGCUGAUGGAGGUGAUAGAUUUGGAGUCUCGGCCCUAACAUUUGAUAAACAAGAAGAAUUGUUAUGGAUGGGAAACCAAGGAGGCCAUGUUACAUCCUAUAUUGCACCUGGAUUUUCAAAAUACACGUCUUUUCAAAUACACGCUACAGAAGAAGUGAGACAAAUAUUAACUCUAGAUGACGGUAUUUUAGUUCUAACAGCUAGUACAUUGAGGUAUCAAAUUAGACGGGGAAUACCAGUAUACACUCACACGUCUCAAAAUAUGAAUGAAAUGCAGUGUAUAUUACAGAUGUCGCCUAGUAGAUUUUUAUUGGGAAGCCACCGGGAAAAACUUAUAGAUUUCAACCUAAGUGUUGGAAAAGAAACUGUAGUGACUGAAGUUGGAGAGGGGUGUGUUAUGCUGAGACCUCACAGCAGAUUUAUUUGUGCUGGAAAUCCAUUAGGCCGGAUAGAUUUGAGAGACCCAAACAGUCUGAAUGUGGAACACAGCAUUGACACACAUACAGGAAGUUUAAGCGAUUUUGAUGUGCAAGGAAAUCUUCUAGUCACAUGUGGAUUUAGUAAUAGGCAUAAUGCAAUGGCUGUUGAUAGAUUUUUGAUGGUUUAUGACUUGCGAAUGCUACGAGCAGUAUCUCCGAUGCAAACUGUUAUAGAUCCUUUCUUUUUGAAAUUUGUCCCUUCUAUUUCAUCUAGAUUAGCUGUUGUUUCUGUGAUAGGCCAGAUACAGUUGCUUGAUACAAUAGCGUUGGCCGAACCAAAACUGUGUUUAUUUCAAAUGGAAAACCCAGGCGCUCUGUGUUUAACUUUCGACAUAUCAUCAAGUAGUCAAAUCAUGGCUUGUGGGGACAAUGCUGGUCACAUACACGCUUUCUCAAGCUCCAACUCGUCCGUAUCUGUGAUCAAUACCUAUUCUAGACCAUGUGAAAUGCCAGAUACACCUACUGUUUAUCCGAGUUUCAGUAUAGACGAUUAUAACACACCUCUGUCGAUAAUUCCCAUGCCGAUAGUACCUCCAGAAAUCCCCCUUGCUUCCGAUUGGCCGCUACAUCUUACUCAGAGAGUAUACAGAAAACCUGUAGGUAUCGAUCCCGAAAUUAUUUCAACAAUGAAAAUGCAAGGCCCUAUAGGAUAUGCCCCAAAUCCAAAAACAUCGAGGAGAAAUCAAGUUCCCUACGAUUUCGGUCAAAAUGGGUACUCCCAUAAUAUGUCCCACAUCAAUAGAAGCCCAAAACACAACGAGGAUAAUAGUAAUUUCAUUGCAAUUCCUAAGAGAUACAGAAAAGUUGAUGUCAAAUACAAUAAAAUGGGAACUGAUGAUUUCCAAUUUGAUCAUUACAAUAAGACUGGGUUUUCUGGAUUGGAAGCUACUUUACCUAAUUCUUAUUGCAAUGGUAUGCUUCAGGUGUUGUAUUUUAUUGAACCAUUGCGUGCAGUGUUGUUGAGCCAUUCCUGUACAAAAGAAUUUUGUCUUUCAUGUGAACUCGGAUUUUUAUUUCACAUGCUUUCUACUUCUUCACAAAAUCAGCCGUGUCAGCCAGGUAAUUUUCUCAGAGCAUUUCGAACUGUACCUGAAGCAUCUGCCCUUAGUUUGAUAUUGAGCGAUCUUCAUCCAGAUGCCAAACAAAAAAUGGAAUUAUCUGCUUUAAUUCAGAGUUGGAAUAGAUUUAUAUUACAUCAGAUGCACGUAGAGUUAAUAGAAACCAAGAAAAAAAAUGAAGAUCGAAAAGUUUCCAGAAAACCUUUUAUCUACAAAGAAACUGACUUUCCGAGUAUAUCAGGAGAGAAGAUUAAAGAAAAGAAAACAGCUGCUGAAGAUAUUGACGCUAAAUUAGAAGAUGAGAAAAGGGAAGAUAUUUCAGAAAUUAGUCAAUUAUUUGGAACCAAGCAGCUUCAGUUGAAUUGUUGCCUUAAAUGUAAUAAUGAGGUUAGGAAAGAAUCGUUUUUACUGGCCUGUAAUUUAGUAUAUCCUUCAUUUCCUUGUGGGCAGGAUGAAUGGAGCUUCUGUGAUAUUUUAAAAAGAUCUCUUUGUCCGAAACAAACAACUCCUGCUUGGUGUGAAAAUUGUUCAAAAUUUACACCCACAUCACAGUCUAGAGUACUGCAGUCUCUUCCGAGUAUUUUAUCUAUCAAUACUGGGUUACACAACGUUCAACACAAACAGUUUUGGCAAACGCAAAUGGAUAAAGUAGUAGCAAAAGUUUCUAAUUUAGAUGUAAAUAAUAGAGCUUCUACACCUACUGCAGUUCUGGGAUCCUCGAAACCUUGCAGAUAUGGAGAUCAUUGUUCAAGACCAGGAUGUCGGUUUAGGCAUAGUUUUGAUAAUGCAGUACCUGUACCUCCUUCCAAGAAUCCUUACUGUAGCAACAAUUGGUUGCCCCAUAAGGUUCAGUUAGUUUUAAAAGAAGACGAACUAGAAAUAACUAAAAUUGAGAGUGACAAAGAGGAAGUAUCUGCAUCAGAAGAUAUUCAUAAUAUGAAGAAAUAUGAACUUUCGGCUGUUGUUUGUUAUAUUAACGACCAAUCUACAUCUGAAAAACGAAACUUAGUGGCUUUAAUUCGAGUACCUGAUUCCUACUUUAAAGACAGAGAUAAAGAAUCGGACCAGACGUGGUAUUUAUUUAAUGAUUUUAGUAUCAGUCCUGUUUCUUCACACGAAGCUACCUGGUUUAGCCUUGAUUGGAAAAUACCAUGUGUUCUCUUUUAUACAUGUAAUGAUGGUGUAGGCAACACACCUGAAGUGAAACAGAAGCUGCUCAGGGAUGUUUUAUUGGAAGACACGUCUCUAGCAGUGACAGGUGGAUCUAGAGGAAUAUCUUUCAGUCCGUUACAAGACAACGAAAUUUUAAAACCGGGAGAUUUAGUUGCAAUGGAUGCGGAAUUUGUUACACUGAACCAAGAAGAAGCUGAAAUAAGAAGUGAUGGAAAAAUGUCUACUAUUAAACCUUCUCAAAUGUCAGUCGCAAGAAUAACGUGUAUUAGAGGGAGUGGUCAAUUAGAAUACACACCUUUUAUAGAUGAUUAUAUCUCAACUCAAGAACAAGUUGUCGAUUAUUUAACAAAAUUCUCGGGUAUUAAACCUGGUGACUUGGAUGCGAAUUUCAGUUCUAAACAUUUAACAACAUUGAAAUCUACUUACAAAAAAUUGAGAUACUUAAUCGAUAUUGGGGUAAUUUUUGUUGGACAUGGACUAAAAAACGACUUCAGGGUGAUUAAUUUGGUUGUUCCUCCUGAACAAAUAGUCGAUACCGUGCAAUUAUUCCACUUGCCCCAUCAUAGAAUGGUGUCGUUACGAUUUCUAGCGUGGCAUUUCUUAGGAAUGAAAAUUCAGUCUGAAACUCACGAUUCGAUUGAAGACGCUAGAGCAGCCCUCCAACUGUAUAAAAAGUACAAACAAUUAGAAGAACAAAAAAAGGUAGGAGAUGCAUUAGCUGAAUUAUAUGAAACAGGUAAAUUGCUGAACUGGAAGGUACCAGAAGACUAAAUGCAAAUACUAAAAAAAAAGAAUUGGAAAUACUAUAUAAAAUAGUCAAGAUGAUAUUACUUUUAGAUAUGUAAGUUAAAAAUUUAGGAGGAGCAAAAAACGUGUUCUCAGUGGCAAGAGAUUAGUUGUUUGUUAUAACACGAAAAAACUUCUAAAUCUAAAUAUUCCUUAAAUCUGUUUAUAUGAUUUGAAGUGGGAUUAUUCAACAAAUUGAUUUUAGUUUGAAAUUAUUUUACAACACAUGAAACAGUCUUGAAAUUUUAAUUGUAUGUCCAAUUUGUAGAUAAACGUGUUAGAAAUAUUAACUAAGUGUCAGAAGAAAGCGUUUUCAUUUAUUCAGUGAUUUCUAAACAGUUUUGUUUAAAUAACUUGAAAAUUGAUCCAUUUUUCCAAAGUUUUUGAAAUUUAACUUUUUUGAUACUAUGUGUGUUAAUAUUUUUGUAAUCAAUAUGCGACUUUUGAAAUUUGUUGCAUCAAACUUGCUUAAAAUUUCUCUUGUAAAAUUACGUUGUUAAUUGAUUGGGGUUAAUUCUAUUUAAAAAUAAACUUUUUAGGUUCAAAAUUAUAGGUAAAACAUUCAAAACAAAUACUAACAAGUUAACUAAAAAUAUGAAUCAUAUAAUAGAAAUUUUAGGCAUAAAAUCAGAUUAUCUGACCAAUGUUGUAUGAAUUUUAUUUCAUGUCUUGAUAAUUGUGAAAAUAUGUAUUUUAAUUCUGACAUGGUAAAUUAGACAGGUAUUCACUUCUGUUUUGAUACUUGAUAUGGAUCUAUUUGUUUUGAAAAUAUACUUUCAGAAAAAUUUUAUCUUAUUAAUAUAGAUAUAUGACAAAUUUAAGGUGCAAAAUUAAAAAAAAUACUUCCAAUUUUUCUAUACAACGUUUAUAAACAGAAUGAAGGUUUAAUAUUCCUACUUGUUUGAUAAUACUGUUUAGAAUAUUAAUAAAAGAAUAAGGAAAAAGAAAUAAAUGAAUAACAGAAAUAUUGAUAUAUUUUAAGGUUACAGGAACAUUCAUUCACAUAAAACUGGCGUUUAUCACGUGAAACAUUUUCAUUCUCUCAAAAAAAAAUAUUAAUUAUAUCAAUAUUUUACUUUGAAAAUGUAUUUCAAUCAAUAAUACUGGGUUUUCCAAAAAAACUAUUUGAAUUUUGUUCUUUGUACUUUACUAUAGUAUACAAUACAAAACCAUUAUGCUAAAAAUCCCAUGUCCCUUAAAACGUAAAACAGGCAAAAUCCAGAAGUGCUCAGAAAAAGCUCUAAUUUUGAUGAUUUUUUAAUUUUAUUUUUUAUAUUAUUCCAAUCCAGCAAAUUUUUCAUGCGAGAACAAUAUAUUGUUUAAACAAUAUACGUGAUAUUAAUGUAAUUUAGUUCCAUCUAUUUUUCUAAAUUAUUCUUAGCUUAGUAUAAUAAUGGUUUCAGUUUUUGGUGAUUAUUCAAUUUUAAUGAUAUUUGUAUGCAUUAAUUAUUAGUUUUCAUUUAUGCUUCACCUUGGGUUAGAAAAUUGUCUCAGUACACACAACCAAAAUGUUUUUUUUUUCUCUCUCUCGAGUCCUUGAUAUGGAAUUUGUAGGUUCUCUCACAUCAAGUAUAAAAAACUUAUGUAAAUUACUACGACAGAUACACCAGCAUCACAAUUUUGUAGGAUCCAGAGCCACCCACGUCUAAUAGAACAUUACGAAUGUUCAAAAUUUGCCCAAUGCGUUGGUGUUUUUUGGUCAAAGAAAUACUUCACAGUAUCUACUUACUUAACUACCGGACAGAGGUAUAAUUGUGAAAUAAAUAGAGCUUGUAAUCAAUCUAUUAAUGAAAGAAUAUACGGUUCUUUCCUAUUUUAUUUCAAACGAAUAAUUGAAAUAAAUUAAUAGGUACGUGAACACGACUAAGAGACUAAAUUGCCAGUCGGAAAUGAAAACAACACCUAAAUGAACAGAGGAGAGCCUGACGUUAAUGAACAGUCUGUGUUCAGAAUAUAGAGCAACGAGUUAGAUUGACGAGCUAUCGGGAUUAAUAUAGGGAUGAUAUUCCAAGAUAAGGGAGUGUGCACUUCAAUUUGCAACUGUUUUUACCAUUAACAGUACGUGAUAAACUUGCUAUCAAAUAUGUCUAGUUGGCGAUAUAAAUAUAAAGUCUCGGUUUCAAGAAAGUUCUAAGAAAAAUGUGCCUUUAAUUACCAAUGCUAUAGAGUGUCAUACUCGUGUAUGACUAGAAACCAUACCUGCGAAUGGAGCAUUUCGAGGGUUCAAAUUUAGGUGGAAAAAGAGUCUCAAAAAGGUAGAUUUCGAGUGCUAACGAUUUUUAGAAAAUAUGCAACGGGUUUCAAUUAUAUCUUUCACGUUAAUUCUAGGGAUUUACUUCUUGUUCUUCUGACAAUUAGGUUUAUUGAAUUUUAUUUGUAUUCUGAAGAUAUGAAAUGAUUUCCAAUGAAUUUUAAAUGAAAUUUUUCAUUGUAUACCUAAUCUUGUAUAACAUUUGUAGUGGCAAUCUUGAUUCAUUUGUUGUCGUCUUAAAAUCACUUGGAUUCUAUUAUGAGGGCUUCGGAAAUGUGGUGUCAACCUUAAUUGGAUUUCUUUAGUUGUAAAAUGAAGUUUCUUUUUUGUACAAAAAAUAUUGAAAAAAUUCUGUAGUGAAUAAAGUUUUGUUUCCAUCGUUCCAUAAUAAUAAAUACUCACUUGUUUUUAAUACUGUUAUUACAUAUUGACAUAUAAUUUACAAUUAUAUUUACUAGUAAUAUGAAAAUGUGUUAUAAAUAUCUCUUCUAAUUUUCAUUGGACGUGAUAGAAAAUAAUGGUUUUGUUCAACAUUGAUGUUGUUUCAACAAUAUAAAUUAUUUGCUCCUCUAUCUGAAAGUUUUUUAAUUAUAAAAAUUUAAUAAAAAAACAUUUCGGCCAUUUUUAAAAAGUAAAAAGCUAUUGAAACGACAAUCAAGUACAAAUCUCUUCUAAGAAUUAGUAUACACUACAAUUAAUAUAUACAUUUCUUAUUUGAAUAGUAAGACAGAUAAUUAAUAAUAAUCAGGAAUUCGUACUUCUGAAUUGGAGUCCACAAUCUAUAUCACAUUUUGCAAUUUGUAUUUAUUCUUCCUAUAAUGAUUGGUUAGUAGUUGAUAGUAGUGUUUAUAUCUGUUCAUUAUGUGGUAAUGAUUAUUUGAUCCAAAUAACUUUUCAAUAUUUAUAUUUAUCUUCACUUCCUAAAAAUUCAGAUACUACAUCUGAAUAUAAUGCUAUUUUAACAUAGCGAUAAAUAUAUUUAGUAGGAUAUAUGAAUAAUUUUAUCAACUACAAAAUUUUACCAACAAAAUAUUUAUGAAUAAUUAAAAAACAAAAGAAUGGUUUUGCAACCGAGUGAAAGCAGGGUCGAAAUUAAAAGGUCGACAUCAAUCGUUCUUGAUCAUGACUAAUGUUAUUGAUAUUCGUUUUUAACAUCUUGACAUUAUAGGAUUUUCUGUAAAUAAAUGAACUUGUGUAUAUUCACAAAUUAGUAAUGUUCCAUCUUGGUUUGAUAUAUAGUUUAACAGCAAUUAUGUUCCCCUAUGGGCAUGAUCUGUCGACAAAUAUUUGUGGUAUCUGCGAGAUGGUUGUAUGAGAUACUUAAAUCGACGACACUAUAGUUACUACUACUACUUAUAUGGUUUUGGCACUUUCAUCAUGAAUUAAAUUUUCAUGUUGGCUUACCAUAAGUUAUUUUUGUAAAUAUCCAAAGGAACACAAUACGCGUGCACUACAUUCGAAAACUAAAUCCAUAUAAUUUGUAGAAAAAGUUGCAUUUCACGGCAUAAAGUAGACUUAAUGAAGAUGAAGAGAAAUCAGAUCAUUCAGUUAAUCCAGUGAUCAUGAAUCAAAUGUUUCAAGAUAUAUUACAUUGUUCUCGAGCAAGCUUUUCUAUAGACUAAUCCACUUAUAUUAUUUCAUUAGAAUAAUGUUUUAUGGAUUCAUUAAAAAACUAAUCAAAACAACAGUUGGUCCAGCUAAAAUUAUUUUUAGAUAUUCAGAAUACGGCUUAGAUUGUGCACUUGAAGUAAUAAAUGUAUAUAAUGUAAUUUAGUUUUUCUGCGCAUACCUUUAAUGCGUUCUUUUUGGAAUACCCAGCAUUACCAUAUCGUAUAUUUUUUCUAUGUCUGUCACAUUUCAAUAACAAUUUACUAGUCAUUUUAUACUGUAUAUUUUUAUAUGUAUAUUAUUUUUUAUAAACGAAUUAUCAAUUUUUAAUUCAAUUUGUACAAACUUGAAAUAUUUUUUCAUAUGAAAAUUUUGAUAUAUCAUUUCGUUGUUCUCAAUCACUGCAUUUAUAUGUGUCCAUUCCAUUGUUGUUUAUACCUCAGGUUAUGUUAAAUCAAAUUCAUUAAAUUAUUUUUUCUAUGGUCCUUAAUAAACUUUUACAAAA